UUUGUGUCCAGCUGAGUGUUACGAGGAAGGUGACAGGUGGGCGGAGGUAUGUAUUAAUACUCACUGCUGCCUUCCAUGGAGGUAUUCUGUGGGUACCUGAGGACAGGACUACGCCUGAGCUUCUCGGUCUGAAUUUCCUUUCUCUCGGUCCCUCAAGAUGUCUGGAUAUGAAGUGGAGCCAGUGACGGAUACAAUAGCCUUCGGUGAGGGUCCUCACUGGUCGGUGGAGGAGCAGGCUCUCUACUUCGUGGAUUUCUUCGAGCAACUGGUGAGGCGGUACCACCCGGAGACCAGUACCCAUACCAAACUUCACAUAGAAGGAGGACCCGUGACGAUGGUGGUACCUCACAAGACUGAAAAAAACACCUUCGUCGUGAGUAUCGGUCUCACCCUGGCUGCCGUGACCUGGCCUGACCCCACCCAGGACUUUUCCGUCAGCGCAGAGGACAUCCGUAUUUUGGCGACCGUCGAACAAGAUCUUCCGGACAACCGCUUCAACGAUGGCAAGUGUGAUGCCAUCGGCAGGCUUUGGGCAGGCACCAUGAGCCAAGCAGAGGAGCCAGACCACAUGGGCAACCUUUACCGCCUCGACAUUGACCGAACCAUCACUAAAGUCGUCGAAAAGCUGACCUACAGCAAUGGCUUGGCUUGGUCUGAGGACAACGCUACCAUGUACCACGUCGACACACUUGAGUACAAGGUCAAUGCCUUCGACUUCGACCUCACUACAGGUGCACUGAGUGGACGUAGAGUAGUGUUCGAUUUCGCGGAGGCAGGACUCAGCCCUGCUCAGCCUGACGGCAUGACCAUUGAUACAGAUGGAAACCUCUGGGUUGCUGGUUAUGGCGUCGGUACGGUGUACAAUAUAGAUCCCAGUGAUGGAAAGAUUCUGAGAAUGGUUGAUCAGCUGCCAGCCCAGGAAAUCACCUCCGUCUCUUGGGGAGGAUCAGACCUCGACCAACUCUUCGUUACCUGUGGAAAUGGUCCUGUCUUAAAAGUGACGGGUCUGGGUGUCAAGGGUCGUCCAGCCGCCUCCUGCACAGUCGACAUUUAA